AUGUCGGCCCGCCCCUGCCGCUCCUGCGGCGGCAAGCGGCUGCGGCCCGAGGCCCUGGCGGUGCGGGUCUGCGGACUCGGCAUCAUGGACGUCUGCGCCAAGAACAUCGGCGCCGCCGCCGAGUGGGUCGAGCAGAUAGACCCCGACUCCGAGUACAACCGCAACGGCGUCAGUGCAGUUCACGUUAACGGCACCGACGCACCAGCCACCAACGGCCAUAAAACCGGCCGGCGCAACGGAGCCAAGAACGGCCGGAAGUCCUCAAAGAACGGAGCGGCGGCAGCCCCGCAGGUUCUCUCGGCCCGCGACAAGACCAUCGCCAACCAGGUACUUAAGGAAAUCGACGGCCGUGUGAAGUUCCUCAUGGGUAUCGGCCUGGACUACGUCACCAUGGACCGCACCGCGCAGACCCUUUCCGGCGGCGAGGCCCAGCGGUGCGGCUGGCGACGCAGAUCGGCUCCGGCCUGA